UGCAGUUUAUCAGCAAGAGAGAAGACGCGAAAGAUGUCCAUCGUGAAAACCACCGUGAAUCUCCAGAGGAUUGACUGGCUGCUGCCGAAAGGUGCAGUCAGUGUGCGGAUCGCCCCGGAAUACAUCCCCGGUCCAGUUGGCCGAGGACAAACCAGUUCCAGUGAUGCUGGCCGUCGGAAGAAGUGCCGCACCGGGCCGCCGGCAGCCAGCUCCCUGACCACGUCUGCCUCUCCUGGAUCUGCUGCCAUCCCGGUGGCAACCAGCAGGGGUCAGCAGGGCACAGGUCGCCGUAGAAAUACGGCGGGAGGCCGGUCAGGGCGAAGAAGGAGGUAUGACCAACAGAAGGGGUUAGAGCCUAAGCCCAGCUCACCAACCUUCUCCUCCUCUUCAUUUUUAUUUCCGUCUUCAGCCCCCUCCCCUUUUGUUUCAUCCCCAUUUCUUUUUAUGGGCUCCUCUGUUUUAUUGCCACACUUAGUCACACCUGUAAGCCCAGCUCCACAUCCAUUUUCAGCUCCAGGCCUGGUUCAUCUGACCCCUCUGCUUCAGGCUCCAGCACAGGCUGUAGCCGCCUCAUCUCACCUGGAAAAAUUCUAUUGGUUGUAUAACUUUUAUGUAACCAAGUAUUCUAAAAUGACCUAUGACGCCAAGUGCUUUACUGAGUACUGGUGUCAGGAGUUUUGGAACAGACAUUUAAAUGAAAUUAACUUAGCGAAACAGGGGAAGAAUGAGGAUAAUGAGGGUACUCAUUCAACCAAGAGGCGUAGGAUUGAUGAAGAUGAGUUCAUCUUUCCUAUUGAUGCACUGGAGCAGCUAAGUACCAUGCCCAGGGCUCAGGAGAUGGGUGUGGAGAUGGGCUAUCAGUCAGAUGCACAUAGCUACAUUUCCCUGUAGAUUCAGCACAUAAUUACACGAGAGUUGUCAUACAUACUUAGGAUAAGAUAAAAUUAGGAUAUGUUACCAUGUAGUUCUAUAGCAUAAGGUACUAUAGGAUAAGAUUAAGAUAGGAUAAGGUUAAGAUUGUAUAGAAUAAGAUUAAGAUAGUCUUAACUUGUAUGCCAUUUUAUGUUUUACAAAGACAUGAUAAAUUACCAUAAGUUUAGGAUAAGAUUAUAUAAGAUAGGAUUGCAUAGCAUAAGAUAAGAAAGAUAGGAUAAGAUAACAUAGAAUAAAAUUAAGAUAGGAUAGGUUACGGUAAGCUUAAGAUUGUACAACAUAGGA